AUGACCCACCAAACCCACUCUUACCAUAUAGUAAACCCAAGCCCUUGACCCCUCACAGGAGCUCUCUCAGCACUUCUUAUAACAUCAGGCCUAAUCAUAUGAUUCCACUUCAACUCAACUAUCCUACUAGCCCUAGGCCUUUUAACAAAUAUCCUGACAAUAUACCAAUGAUGACGAGACAUUAUCCGAGAAAGCACCUUCCAAGGUCAUCACACACCAACUGUCCAAAAGGGGCUCCGAUAUGGAAUAGUCCUAUUCAUCCUAUCAGAGAUUCUAUUUUUCACUGGCUUUUUCUGAGCUUUUUACCACUCAAGCCUCGCUCCUACCCCCGAACUAGGCGGAUGCUGACCACCAACAGGCAUCUGCCCUCUAGACCCCUUCAAAGUACCUCUUCUCAAUACUUCUGUUCUACUAGCCUCCGGCGUAUCUAUCACAUGAGCCCACCACAGUCUCAUACAAGGAGACCGCAAACAAAUGCUUCAAGCCCUCUUUAUCACAAUCGCACUUGGUCUUUACUUCACCCUACUACAAGCAUCGGAAUACUACGAAACCCCCUUCACAAUCUCAGACGGAGUUUACGGGUCCACUUUCUUUGUAGCCACAGGCUUUCACGGACUGCACGUUAUCAUUGGAUCUACUUUCCUCACUGUCUGCUUUCUACGCCAAAUAAAAUUCCACUUCACACCAAACCAUCAUUUCGGCUUCGAAGCCGCAGCUUGAUAUUGACACUUCGUAGACGUCGUAUGACUAUUCCUCUACGUAUCAAUCUACUGAUGAGGUUCAUAG